UGCGUCUUCUUGGAACUGGUCACACUCGCCAUUAGUCACUUUUUUACACAAUAAACCUAAAUUAAGCGAAUUUGUACGCGCUUUUUGACAGCUUUGAACCAAGUCGAAUAGAUUUAACAGACCGCAAGCCAUUGAGAAAAGGCGCAGAAGGUUUCCGCAGGCGAAAGCGACGCAAAAGCCGUAUUUAAGCCACCGUGACGCACCGAAAAUCGAUUGCCCAGGGAAAACAAUAAGGGAAACCAGACAAAGAUUGGACUGAUUUGGAUUGUGUUGACCCCGGGGCAGCGCACAUUGUUGGCAGAUAGCUGAGCGAGCGUUUGGUCAUCAAAAUGGGAAUCUUUGGGCAGUCGUCGCCAUUCGACGCCGACGUGGAAAAGGCCACCAGCGAGACCAACACCAACGACAACUGGUCUCUGAUCCUGGAUGUCUGCGACAAGGUGACCACGAAUCCUCGCCAGGCCAAGGAUUGCCUCAAGGCGGUGAUGCGUCGCAUGGGCCACACCGAUCCCCACGUGGUGAUGCAGGCGAUCACACUGCUGGACGCUUUGUCCAACAACUGCGGAAAACCCCUGCACUUGGAGGUGGCUUCGCGGGACUUUGAGACCGAGUUCCGCCGACUGCUGGCCAAGGCGCAGCCUAAGGUUUCGUUGAAAAUGCGACAAGUGCUGAAGAACUGGGCUGAUAACGACUACAAGAACGAUCGCGAACUGGACUUGAUACCCGCCCUCUACGCCCAGUUGCGCCAAGAGGGCUACGACUUCAAGAAUCUGGGCGAUAAGGCCACCAAGACGGUCGCCGAGAAGGCCGCCGCCCUGCCCAAGGAUCCGAAUGUGGUCAGCAGCCAGCAGGAGGAGGACGACAUCGCCAAGGCCAUCGAACUGUCGCUGAAGGAGAACAAGGGCAGCAGUCCCAAGACCGGGAGUGGAGCAAGUGCCGGCACCGCCAGUGCCUAUCCCUCGUUGUAUCCCUCUUUUGGCGGCACCACCACCUCUAGUGCCCUUAGCAGCGAGGCGAAUGCCACUUCGGCUCCGGAGCCGAGAAAGGUUCGCGCCCUGUACGAUUUCGAGGCGGCGGAGGAGAACGAACUGACCUUCUUCUCAGGCGAGAUCAUCCAUGUGCUGGACGACAGCGAUCCCAACUGGUGGAAGGGCUACAAUCAGCGCGGCGAGGGCCUCUUCCCCUCGAACUUCGUCACUGCCGAUCUGUCCGUCGAUCCCGAACGCCUGGACAUCAAUCAGCAGCACAAGACGGCCGCCGCCGCCGGGCAAAGGGAGUUGGACUCUGCUGCGGCGCUGCAGCAAAAGACUGAAGCGGCAGCCGCCGCCGCCGCUGCCCAGCCCGUGGAGAUCGACGAGUCAAAGAUCGACCGGCUGUUGCACCUGCUGCACGAGGCCAAUCCCGAGGAUCCCUCGCAGGACAGCGACGAGAUGCUGCAGCUGGAGCAGGAAGUCCAUCAAAUGGGCCCGCUGAUCGAUGCCGAGCUGGAGCGUGUGGACCGCAAACACGCCCAGUUGACGCAGCUGUCCAGCGACCUUGUGGACGCCAUCAACCUUUACCAUACCCUGAUGCGCGACGAUCGGGUUGCGGCUGGGCAGUUUGCCGCCGCUGCAGGUGGCUUUAUGCCUGGACUGGCUGGCUUUCCGGGUGCCGCUCUCUACGGAUCUCCAGGUUACCCCGCAGCCGGUGGUUUUCCUCCGGCUCAAAACUACCCGCAUGGCAUGCACUCGCUGCCAUAUGGCCCCGUAUCAAACCCUCCCACUGGAGCUCCAUCGCAGGCUCCUGGUGGCUAUCUCGGACAACCGCAGGGGCAGGUGCCACUGCCCUACCAGAAUGGACAUGCUGCACAGAUGAAUUCGCUGCCACCGCAUCUUACACAGCCCACUGGUGCUGCACCUGUGACCCAGCCCAUCUACACUGCUCAGCCCAUUCCUGUGACCAACCAGCAUCCCCAGCAGGCACCACAGCAUCCACAGAACAACUACCACAUUGACCAGCAGUCGCAGUACGCCCAAGUUCCGCCCGCAAUCCCACAAAUCCAACAGCCGCAGCAGCAGCAGCAGCCUUCAGCUCCCCACGCCUACAUGUCGCCACAGCAUCAGCAGCCACCGCCUCCACAGGGAUACCAGCCUGGACCCAAUCUGUAUGCCCCGAACGGAUCGCCAGCCGUCAACCCACAGAGCUUCAUGUCACCGCAGCAGCAUCAACAACAGCAGGCGCAACAGCAGCAGCAGCUCCCACAUCUCGAUCAGUUUAGUCAGCUGCACCAGCAGAUGGCCGCCAUGUCCAUGACUGGGGGGCCACCAGUUGGGGCGCCCGGCUAUCACAUGCAGAACGAUGCUGUCAAGAACAACAUUCCUAUCUACCAACAGCAGCGGUAAGACCGCUGGCAUAAAUUAGAGCCCUUCACCCGGUUUGCUUUAGUUUUGCCCCCAAAACGAAGUUUGCACGCUAAUUUCGGAUAGCUCUUCGACGAACGAAAGUUUUCAAAUCUCUAAGUCUAUUCUGUGAGGGCCGUGGAAAGCAAUUGGCAGUGAACCAAAAAAUUCGACUAACCUUAAAAAGAAUGAGAGAAGCCAAAUUAUUUUAAAAAUUAUGUCGUUUUUUUAAUUUUUGAUAGCAUCUUAUUUUGGCCAAUAUGUUUUGCAGCCAACCAAUAUGUUUUAUGGAAGGAAGAUAAACGAGUCGGAAAUGAUAUAUAUAUAUACCACAUAAAUAUUCUAUAUUCAACACCAUGUAUAACUUUGUAUUUAGUGCAGGAGAGAUAACUAUUAUGUUUAUUGUACGGAUUAUGAUAUGAUAAAAAUAACGAAACGAAUCACAUUCAUUAAAAUCAUUUAAAUAU